UAUGACUAUUAGUUACAAGAAAGAAACUCCACUAGAAAAACAUCUUCACGAAUUUCGUGACUAUGAUUUUAAAAUCCAAGUUGAAAGAUUAAAUACGAAUAAUGCAAGAAUAUAUUUCGUAGAUAAAGAUAAAAAAAAAAUUCAUAUACCAAAAAAUGUAACUUGUUAUAAUUUAACUAGUAAUAUACAAGAGAAUUUCUAUAAUAUUAAUGGAACAGAAUGUUUUUUAAAUAGAAAAACUAAAGAAGAAAAGAAACCCACACUUUGGAAAGAUAGUGAUAACGUCGAAUUUAAAGAUCAAUA